AUGAACGAAAAUCUAUUUGCCUCUUUCAUUACCCCUACACUUAUAGGUCUCCCUAUUGUCCUUCUUAUUAUUAUAUUUCCCAAUUUACUCUUUCCUUCACCUACUCGACUAAUAAACAACCGUUUAGUAUCAUUCCAACAAUGACUAAUUCAACUUGUACUAAAACAAAUAAUGGCAAUGCACAACCCUAAAGGACGUACCUGAUCCUUAAUACUAAUUUCAUUAAUUAUAUUUAUUGGCUCAACUAACCUUCUAGGCCUUCUACCUCAUUCUUUCACACCUACAACCCAAUUAUCAAUAAACUUAGGAAUGGCCAUCCCUCUAUGAGCAGGAGCCGUAAUCACCGGAUUCCGUCAUAAGACUAAAGCAUCAUUAGCCCACUUUCUCCCACAAGGAACCCCAAUUCCUCUAAUCCCUAUACUUAUUAUUAUUGAGACAAUUAGCCUUUUUAUUCAACCUAUAGCAUUAGCUGUACGAUUAACAGCUAAUAUUACAGCUGGUCAUCUUCUUAUACAUUUAAUUGGAGGAGCAACUCUUGUAUUAACAUCUAUUAGCCCUCCCACAGCUAUUCUUACUUUUAUUAUUCUCGUCCUAUUAACAAUACUCGAAUUUGCAGUUGCAUUAAUUCAAGCCUAUGUUUUUACCCUCUUAGUAAGUCUUUAUUUACACGAUAAUACUUAA